AUGCAAGCUUUGUUCACGCUAUGCACGGCUGUGGUCUUCAGCUGCAUUUUUGAGAUCUCCCAAGCUCAGUGCAAUGGCACCUCUUGUAAUGGUAGUGUGCAGGUCACCACGACAACCACAUCCAUCUCUGUUCCAAACUGCAACUUGUCCAUUGAAGGAAGCACUAAUCAAAGCAGCGUUCUUACGGAUCUGACUCCAGGAGAAGUGUUCACUGUUCAGGCUCACUGCUUCAACUGCUGUCUUAAUGCUACAACAAAACCAGAGAGCGUUCUUAAUCUCACUGUUACUGAUGUCACAACAUCGUCCCUGAGCUUGAACUGGACUAAACCACAGGGACGCAGCUCCAUCUAUUCAGUUCAGUGGACUGAUGGAGGCCACUCCAAGGAAGAGACUGUGACUGAAACAUUCAGAGUCAUUUCUAACCUGACUCCUGGUGUGGAGUAUAAUAUAACUGUCACUGCUGUGGCAGGAGACGGUGAAACAAAAGGAAGUGGUGUGAGCAUAAGUCAGUUCACAAAACCAGAGAGCGUUCUUAAUCUCACUGUUACUGAUGUCACAACAUCGUCCCUGAGCUUGAACUGGACUAAACCACAGGGACGCAGCUCCAUCUAUUCAGUUCAGUGGACUGAUGGAGGCGACUCCAAGGAAGAGACUGAGACGGUGAAACAAAAGGAAGUGGUGUGA